CCUUAAAAGUGCUAUAAUUUUUUGACUUGAAAUAUAAGCUUCUCUCUUCACCAGCUAUGACAGAAGAAAUAACAUAUGCGGAUCUGGAAUUUAGUAAAUCUUAUGCACUGGAAAAUAUCCCAAAGCCUGCUGCUCCUGAGGAAAAAGCACUCCACUCUUCAUCCUCCACAUGGCGUCUGGUUGCCUUGACUUUCCUCAUACUGUGCUUGGCAUUGCUGCUAGGGAUGUUAGCCCUGGGGAUUGUGUUUUUUCAGGUUUCCAAUGAUUUCCAGAAACAAUUUGGGAACCUCAUGAGGAACCAGGAAACUCUGCAAACAAAUUUUUCAAAAAGGCUGCAAGACAUGAAAGAUCAUUUGUGUCUUAAAGGAGAGGAAAAUAAUGAGAAUAAUGGAUCCAGUUGUAUGCUCUGCCCUGCAAACUGGCAAUGGAUGGGAGGUGACACCUGUUUCUACAUAUCAACGCAGAAGAGGUCAUGGGAAGAGAGCCAGAGGUUCUGUUCCUUACAGAAUUCCACCUUUCUCAUGCUAAAACACAGGCAUAAGCUGGGAAAUAAUGUGGUGACUUCUUCACAGAACCAUGUACCUCCAAGAGAGAAUACCCAAUAUUAUUGGAUUGGUUUACACAAAUCUGGAGAGAACAGCUGGUAUUGGACGGAUGGCUCAGCUCUUUUGACAAAGAAAGAAGAUUGGAUUGACUUGUAUCCAUCCUAUAAUUGUGGCUACCUAUAUAGAGAAAAAAUUUAUAAUGACCACUGCACAGAGAAGCACCUCUGGAUCUGUGAGAAAGCAGCUGUCAAACUAAGAGCAUGAAAUACAGUGAAACAUAUGAGCUGACAGUCUCCAGAUCCAUUUGUCUAGGUUUGCUGGAUUCUCACUGAAAGGCUCUCCUCUCUGAAAUGUACUGCCUCGCAGAUCCAACCGAGGGCUCCUCUUCACAGAUGUUGCACUGGUGUAUCUGGGGCAGAGUGGGCUGAUGUGGUGUCUUGCUGUCAAAAGUUGGGGUGGGUCUUAAAUGUAGAUUUCAGUUGAAUUUUGUACAAUUUGUAUUGUACUCUUUUUUUAAAAUGUUGCAUACUUUAUCUCCUGUCGUGUUUUUGUUUGUUAUAUACUACCACAUGUGGAUAAAUCAUUUUGAGGGCCUUUUCUGUAUUGUACAUGUUCUUUGAUCUUUGGUGAGGUGUCAUUUAAAAAUUUGAAUACAAAAUAUCUUUUACUUCCAGGGCACCCUCUGUCUGCAGAAUAGAAAACUCUUGUGUGCUCUUGUGCCGAGAGAGACCAGUUGGGGUGCACCAUGUAACAGGCCCUGGUUUCAGCCAGAGUUGGGUGGUAGCAGGGGAGUUUCACCAUGGGAGCUUUGACUCUGGAUGUCCGCUCCCCCUCCCUAGAUCAGAAAGAGUAGAGGUCUCCCUGGUAUGGUCACCAACCCAAGGCUCUUACUAAGUGACAUGAUCUACUCUUGAAUACAUUUUGUUUCUUGAUUAAAUGAACUUUAACAAGGGCCCCAAAUUGUCUUUUCAUUAAUGUUUACACAAACAAAACUGCAGGAUCAUAAAAGGAAGAAGAAAGUACUGUGAACAAUGCUGAAUAGACGUGCAGUCCAGCGUUUGCAAACAUUGUCAUGAAUACAUUUAUAUCUUUUGAUAGUGAUGACAAUUAUAAUUCUGAAAAAGCCACUUCCAGUAGAUAUGGGGAUCACAAGGAUUAGGGUAUAUGCAUAACACUCAUGCUGUGGCCAUGGCUGACUUCCAUUUUUAAUUGUGGUCCACAGGUCCAUGUAUAAAUAUGAUUUCAAACAUCCCUCAAUCCAUAGUGGAGCUCUCACUGAUGAAAUCUGUAGAGUUAGUCAGGAAUUUUUUGAUGAAACUUUUUUGUUGUAAAAUGUCAAUACUGAAUCUGUUUGCAGAAAAAAAUAUCAGUUUUUGACAGAUCUUUCAUUGGAAGGGAUGGUGGGUCUAGCAUGGAAUUUCUGGUUUAAAAAAAAAAGGGGGGGGCAGAUAGAGAGUAGAGAAAACUUGAUCCCUAAGGUUGGCUAACACUCCAGGUAUUAAUGGUACUCCCCUAGAUUGUGGGAGCUCUAGGUUCAAUUCUUCACUGGGAUUCAAGGUACAAAAGGGCACAAGCACAUCUUGAAAAAGGGUAAGAAUAGUGAAAGAGAAGAUUGAUGAUAUUGCAACAUAGCAAAGUCUUGAGAGGCCCUCAUCUACUCAGGUCUCCAUUAAAAUGAUCUUUGGCUAUAGGUGAAGAGAAACAAACACGUGCCCUCCUGUUUCGUCUUGUAUAAAAUUCUGCCUGGUGGUCUGGUGACAUCUCCUUUGCUGUGAUCCUACCAGGAAAACAGGCUUGCAGCAGUCAGAAGAGAAGUACACUUCUUAUAUCCAAAAUCUGUUUCCACUCAGAAAUCAUAAUUUACUUAUGUAGUCUGACCACAUAAAGCCAGUUUCUGUUCAACAAAUACAGCUUUUGCAAGACAUUUUCAGCCUGCUGCUGACAGUUGUGUCUGGGCUGAGGUCAGAUGUUGAAGCAGUCUACCUAUCUUAGUUCCUCUUUUCUUGUAUUUCAUUCUGAACAAUGCAGUUCUACUGGAGAAACAUGUUAUUGUUCCCUUCUGUCACACAAUUUGUUUCUUUCUUGUGUUUAUAUUGAAUCAGUAAUGCCUUUGUAACAUAAGGUUAGUUCCCUUAAAGUGAGAGUCUGCUUUGAGAAGCUCUACUACUUGUGCAUAUGCAGAGUCAGAGCUGCUGAUCUGAGGGACAAAUGUCAGUCUAUACCAAUUUUUACAGCUGUUUACCCUGCAAAAGAAGCGGGAGCUGUUCCCUAUGUGCAUCAUCAACAGAACUGUUAAGUUCCAACAAGUUACUAUUGUGAAGUUCAUGGGGUUGCCCAGGUCUGCCUGAGUGUUUCAAUAUAACACAGAGGGCAAGAGCACUCUGGAUCCAUUCACUGAGGAAACAUUUUAUAACACUGGGGCACUUUUUAUGAAUGUUUAAAUCCUGGUUCUUGAGAAGCCAGUCAUCUCUGCAGCAGGCUGAAAUUUUUUGGGGAAACCUACUUUAU